AUGCACGUCACCAUCCGCUCGGCAUGGCUGGCUAUCGCAGCCUUGGCAGUAACAGCAUCAGCAACUCCAAUGGAACUAACAAAUCGCCAAUCGACGGUGAAGAUCAUGGCUCUCGGCGAUUCGAUCACCGGUAGCCCAGGCUGCUGGCGGGCUUACCUCUGGCAAAACCUUCAAGAAGCCGGUAUCAAGAACACCGACUUUGUAGGCAGUCUGGCUGGUCAGGGCUGUGGCUUUCCAUACGACGGAGAGAACGAGGGACAUGGCGGCUUUCUAGCAGUAAAUAUCGCGAACCAGAACCAGCUUCCCGGUUGGCUCUCAUCCGCCAAACCCGACAUCGUCAUGAUGCACCUCGGUACGAACGACGUCUGGAGCAACCGCUCGCCCCAAGAGAUCACCACCGCAUUCAGCAAGCUCGUAGACCAGAUGCGCGCCUCGAAGCCCACGAUGAAGAUUCUCGCCGCGAAGAUCAUUCCCAUGAACCCUUCGAACUGCGCUGAGUGUGGGCAACGUGUCGUUGCCCUGGAUACUGCGAUUGAAGCAUGGGCGGCGACCAAGACGACUGCAGACAGCCCCAUCACGGUCGUAGACGCGUGGACUGGGUUCGACACGAAGACUAUGACUGGCGAUGGCGUUCAUCCGAAUGAUGCAGGCAAUAAGAAGCUUGCUGGGACGUGGUUCCAGCCGUUAGCGGACGCCAUCAGAGGCUGA